AUGUUUUCUAAGAACAGUGGACACUACGAUCUUGUUGAACGGUCCAAAAUGAAUACUCUAGAAGAAGCUCUUCAACUGAUAAGGACAUCCUUAAACUCCCCUCAAAUGGACAUCGAGGGGGCCCAUUAUGAUCAAAACAUCACUCACCUGAUUGUAGUAAUGGGUGCUUCGGGAGAUUUAGCAAAAAAGAAAAUCUACCCAACUCUUUGGAUGUUGUUCCGCGAUAAGUUGAUUCCAGACAAGACAUUCAUUUAUGGAUACUCCAGGUCAAAAUUAACCAUGGAACAACUAAAGAGCAACGUCUCACCAUAUUUAAAAUGCAACGAAGAUGAAAAAGAACGGCUUGCCGAAUUCUGGUCUUACAACUUUUACAUUGCUGGAUCUUAUGAUAGUUCUGCCGACUACCGUACUCUGAACGUAAAACUUUCCAAACAUGAAAUUUCUGGUAUCUCUAACAGGUUGUUCUAUCUGGCUAUACCCCCAUCUUUAUUUGAGGUAACCACAUCUCACAUUCAUGAAACAUGCAUGGAUCAUAAAGGGUGGACUCGUGUUAUCAUUGAAAAGCCUUUUGGUCGGGAUGCUGCUAGUUCAUUGGAACUUAGUGACCACUUAGCCAAAUUGUUCAAUGAAGAUCAAGUGUACCGUAUUGAUCAUUACCUGGGCAAAGAGAUGGUUCAAAAUCUCAUGACACUCAGGUUUGGAAACAGAAUAUUGAACACUGGAUGGAACAGAGACAACAUUGCACAGGUGCAAAUCACUUUCAAAGAACCAUUUGGUACUGAAGGACGAGGUGGAUAUUUUGACAGUUUCGGUAUAAUCCGUGACGUAAUGCAAAAUCAUUUACUCCAGAUCCUCAGUUUGGUGGCCAUGGAGAAGCCAGCUACUAUACAUCCUGAUGAUGUUCGAAAUGAAAAAGUCAAGGUACUUAAAUGUAUACCUAAAGUACAAAUGUCUGAUGUGGUUUUGGGACAGUAUGUUGGUAAUAAGGAAGCUGCGGAAGAGCACAAGAAAUUUGGGUACUCUGAUGAUAAGACUGUACCAAGUGGAUCAAAAACUGCAACAUUCGCGUCAGCUGUGUUGAAAAUCAAUAACGAACGUUGGGAUGGUGUACCUUUUAUACUGAAAUGUGGAAAAGCAUUGAAUGAACGAAAGGCUGAAAUCCGAAUUCAAUAUCAUGAUGUGCCUGGUGACAUAUUUGGGGGAGUCUUAAAGAGAAACGAACUUGUCAUUCGAGUCCAACCAGAUGAAGCUGUAUACAUUAAGAUGAUGACUAAACGACCCGGUAUCGGAUUUGAAAUGGAAGAAACCGAAUUGGACUUAACCUAUAAUAGUCGUUAUAAGAAUGUCAAGUUACCAGAUGCCUAUGAACGAUUGAUAUUGGAUGUUUUUUGUGGUUCUCAAAUGCACUUUGUGCGUGCUGAUGAGCUCUCUGAGGCUUGGCGUAUAUUUACUCCUCUCCUCCAUGAAAUUGAAUCGACGCAACCCGAACCAACACCAUACAAGUAUGGUACACGUGGACCUACUAAAGCUGAUGAUCUUUCUCUUGCAAAUAACUUCAAGUAUUAUGGAUCUUACAAAUGGGUGAAACCUCAAUCUUAG